AAAAUAUUUUUUGUUGGAAUUGAAAAAUAAAAUAUACUAUUGAAUAUGAAGAAUCACCCCAUGUUGUUGACCCAUUAAAUGAGUUCCUCUGUUUCCACAUUCGAGUAUUAAAUGCUGCAUCUAUGCCCCCAACCCCCACCCACCCCCUCACUCAGAUGGCAUUUUCCACCCCCUUUCUCUCCAAAUGUCCGCCUCGCCACCGCCUCCGCCUCCGCCGCCGCCGUUAGCCCCCUCCCUCUCCAGAAACCUCACCUCGAUCGGCGCCAUCUCCAUCGCCCUCGGCUUCGUCGUCUUCUUCUCCAUCCUCCUCCUCGCCUCCUACAUCUGCUACCGAUCCCUCUCCCGCCGCCGCCGCCGCCACGGAGGCGGAAAUCCAAACCCUAGGAAUUCCACGGAAAACAGCAUCUAUCUCCCGCGCAUCAUCUUCGUCGCCGAGGACGACGAGGGCGAGAACGACGCCGUCGUGGGGCUGGAGCAGGCGGUGAUCAACUCGUAUCCGAAGCUCGUGUUCACCAAGCGGAGCGGGAAUUGGGAGAACGACGCCGUCUGCGCGAUCUGCCUGUGCGAGUACAGGGAGGCGGAGAUGCUGAGGAUGCUGCCCGAUUGCAGGCACUGCUUCCACGUGAUGUGCGUCGACGCCUGGCUCAAGCUCAACGCCUCCUGCCCCGUCUGCCGGAAUUCGCCGCUGCCGACGCCGCUCUCCACGCCGCUGCAGGAAGUGGUGCCGCUCUCUCAGUACUCCGAUGGGCGGAGACGGUGAGGAAGGAAUUGAGUUUUGUCAAUUGUGGCCUUGUGGGGGUCGGGCUGUAGUUUCUUCAUUUUUUAGGGGGGGAAAUGUAAGUUUUUGAAAAUUUAUAAUGAAAUUACUUCAAAAAUCUACCUAAGUCUGGAUUUUA